AUGCCAGAGUUGUGUUCAUGUAGCAGUCAGUUUCCUUGUCCUGAACCUCCACUCAAACUAAUAGCCUCAGUUUCCUUUUUUUGGGAAGAAAAACCUGGAACACCACUACCUAAUUUCUCACUUUAUUCUUCUUCACUAGCUAACAUUGUUCCCAAUGAUGAGAGUAGUGAAGCUAUUACUGGCAUGGAGCUUGAACCAUUUAGGUUUGACAUUGAUGAAUCAAUGGGGAAAAGUCAUUGGUUGAACCUGAAGUUGAAACCACAUUGUGGGCAACUUGCUCAGAGACAGAGAGUUACACAAGAUAGAGAGUUGAACCUGAAGUUGAAACCAAAAUUAGGCUUUCUUAAAAGGGACGAGAACUUUCUGUUUUUGACUCAACCAGCAAAAGUAAAGGCAGAAGAAGAUGUUGAUGAUGGAGAGUGUGCUAAUGGCAGUGAGAUGACGAUGAGGAAGGUACCAACACUUGGAGAACUAAUCAUGAUGAGUAGAAGAAGAAGCUGCAGAAGGAAAGCACUUCACAUGAACUGGGAUUAUAAUCCACCUAAGGAAAUGAGAAGAAAGGAAGAUUUUGGAUGCUUCAACUUUGUAUGUGGCAACAUAGUUGAGGGACUAUUCAAGAGAAGCUACUUGCCGAGAAUGAAACUAGUCAAGGCCCAGGGGACGAUGAUAAUAGAGCCAAAGCUCACAAUAUAAUUUCUAUUUUAAUACUUAAAUACACGUUUUGGAUUUCAGUUUGUGAAGUGUGGAG